GAACGAUCUCGCUCUGUCUGGGAAUGGUUUGCGAGGGAUGGUGAAAGGAGAGAACGAACUUUCAGCACGUUGCUAAUCAGACAGAAAAAUGACUUUGAAUCCUAACUUUGAUCAGAUCGGCCAAAAUUUUGUGAAAUUCUAUUAUGAGAAAUUUGACAAGAAAGCAGAGCGACACUUAGUCGCGCAAUUUUACGUCCCUCAGAGCCUGUUGACUUUUGAGGGUCAGCAAGUGAUGGGGGCAGAGGAUAUCUACAGGAAGCUGACUGAAGGUUUUCCAAUGGAUGACAUUGCACGAAGUUUGACAAAGGUGGAUUGUCAGCCAACAUUGGAUGGAGGAGUGCUAGUAUUUGUCCUUGGACAGCUAAAGGGUCAGACAGAAGGAGACAAAGUCAUGGGUUUUAGCCAAGUGUUUAUUCUUAAGCCUUUAAAUGAUUCAUUUGUCAUCGCGCAUGACAUUUUUCGCCUUUCUCUACAUGACUUCUGUGUAUAAACAAUGGUCUGAAAUCACAGAUUUUUGGUUAGGGAUGGGGGGAUACUGAUGGAACAGAAUUUUGCAUGGAGCACCAGCUAUGAAGUAAACCAUCUGCCAGUGACCUUCUGACCUUCCCCAGCCACCACAACUCAUAGCGACAGUGCUCACUGGUCUGCCUUGCUGCUUCUGUCUGAUCUGUUUUAACCACAGAGAACUCUGACACAGGUGUGCUUUGUUGUAGUUUUUGGAUAAGUAUGAAGAAAGUUGGUUCAACGUGUGGAAAGCGUCAAAAGUUUCAAUAUAAAGGAUUUUCUUUGGAAUAAGACUAUUGCGUCCAUUUGCAUCUUAAAGAACAGUAAAGUUAAAUCGGUGGUUGCUAUUUUCUCUCUCUCUCUCUCUUUUUUUGUUUUUGAUCAGCAGAUAGGGUCUUUCAAGAAAAAGCAAAUUUUGGACAUAAAGGGUGGAAAGUCUGUUUUAUCUGUUCAUGCAUUUUUAAAAUUAGAAACAGUUGACUCAUAUAAUUUUUAUGUUCUCCAUGAUGGGACCUGGAACUUGUCUGGUCAGUCUCAUGUUUAUUAAUACAUUAGAUUAACUUUAAAAAUAGGGAACAAAGGAUAUAUUUAAGUUAUGCUGGUUUUGCACUUUAUACCUCACUAUGUACUAGCAUGUGAGAAACAUUCUGCUGAUCUUGACUUUAAAAGUACAGAUAAAUGGCAGAGAUUGAGGAAAUAUGAAAUAAUUUUUCCAACAUUAGGUGUUUGUUUCCAUGUCGCUGUUUAGUCCUUUUGUCACUUUAAGUACGGCCAUUCAGUUUUGUGCACAUUUUUUUACCACCCAUUCUCUAAAUUGAUCAGAAAAAGUCAAAUUUGAUUUCUGAUUUUAGGAGACACAUUUUGGCUAAUAAUUUUACACAAUUGUUAGGUUUAGCAGAGAGCAGUAUACUUGUCUUAAGAGAGAUGAAAUUGAGAAUCCACUAUCUUGGCAAAAUCAAAUUUUUACCACUGCAAUUUAAUUUAAGUGUAAUUUUUUACUUUAUAUUGGUCCAACAGUCUUAUAGGCAGAAUUCAUGAUGAGCGCCUGUCCAGGUUGGAAAUACUAUCUUACCUUUGACAAUCAGGAAUUUGGAAAAGAGUGACAUAGUUAAGAAAAAUUUCAAAUGGUGAUUACAAGGCCCUGGCAGUAUAACAGUUGUCAAGAGAGGUAACUAACAGAAAACAAAGUCAGCAUCCCGAAGACAUAAUUUUGCUGACAAAUCUAAUGGCUGUCUCUAGCCACCGUUAGUUGCCAGUGUACAAUUUUUACUGCUAUGGCAACAGAAUCACUAACAUUUAAGGGCUAAUAUUGUGUCUUUACUUUUUCAUAUUGAAAUAUGUAUCUUACUGUACAACUUAGUUUAAACAGAAUGUGUAAUAAUACUUACUAUAUAGGCCAGAUAAAUGGAGCUCUGCAGACUUGCACAGAUCCAGGACUGGAACUUGGACAUACGUAUUACUGGCAGUAUUAGCUUGUUAUGGAACCAUUGGUGGGGAAGAUAUAGAAGUUGCCAGUGUAAUGUGGCAGAUGCAGAGAGAUGUAGCCUCUGAAGCCAUGCUUUUUGUAACACAUAGCAUGCUGAAGGCCGCUGUCCAUCUUGACCUCAUAAAAUGUAUAUUGUUGCUAGUUGCCUAUGUCUGCAUGGCAAGAUGUCCAGCGUGGCAUGCACGAAUGGAAGUAGAUGCAACCAUCAUGUACAGAUAAUGUAUCUCACGAGUGGUUUUUGCUUGAUACAGAUUUAGAUGGACUGUGUUACCCAUUUGCAGUUAUUGUUCAUUCAAUCCUUCCUUGUGGACCUUGCUCAUUUCAUCUUUGAAAAGUAGUAGAAUACUUCAAUGUGAUUCACAUAUUGGGUUCAUGCACUUACUAAGCAUUAUGAACUUAAUUCUGCCUGCAAGCAAAUCUUUCUAGCUGGUUGGCUGCAUGUAUACGAGUAUGUUUGUCCUUCAUCCUUUCAGUCUGCUGAUGACUACAGCUAUACUUUUUUUUCAUCUCACAUUCUUGUUCAUUAAAAAAGAAAGUUAAACUUGGUUUUUUUUUCUCUUAAUGUGUGGGAUAUUUCUUUUCCCUUUGUGUUGCAAGGUUGUUGAUGUUUUACCAGACACAACACCAGAUUAAAGAUACAAGAAGGUAACCUUGGAAAGUUUGGGUUGUUGUGAUCUAUCAUUAUUAAAUGAUUUUUAUGUGCUUGAAUGUACGCAGACUGCCAGCUUCACUCUGCCAAUAAAGGUAACUUUUUCCUGCA